AUGUCGUCGAAAUACCACGAUAAUGCCUUUCAAGAGCGCAAACGUAAGAUAUCCGUAUGGGUGAAACGAAUCAUCCAGCCGAAUAAGGAAUCAUCGCAUUUAACACACACAGCAACACACACCAAAUCCGGCAAUAGGAAACGCUCCAACGAAGAGAAACGCUCCAACGAAGAGAAACGCUCCAACGAAGAGAAACGCCCAGAGUCUGAUGUUGCAAGAACGCCGCGAAGGAUCCUGCGAGUAGAAGGUCCCGAACACAUACAUAGGAGGCGAGAUCCAGCAGCGUGCUCUGUAGUGUGGGACAAGUCGGUCACAAAAGAACCUGCUCCCAGUGCAAAUUCGCUCCGGCUAGACUUUGACCAAAACCACGAUAAUGCCAGCACUGCGCCGUUGUUCUCGCACUGCUCGUCGUCAGUAAAAUCGUCUGUUUUUUCGGACGUCGCGUCUUUACAAUCCACUCGUGCUACUGUUAUCUCCAGCAAAACGCUGGAUACAAAUUCGAGCACAGUGGGGAUACCGCCUGCUAGCAUUUUAGACCGUGCCCGCCACACAGCUGGUAAUCCUGGCGCGCAGUCAAUAUUCUCGUUUGCAACGACGCACCAUACUUCUCAAACCAACAGUAUGCGUCAGUUUUCCGUCUAG